AUGGGCCGCCGUCCCGUGUCCUGGACCCUCAUGCUCCUGAUGAUACCCCUUUCCGCCCUCCUCUUUGGCCCCGUCAACAGCACCCGGACAACAAAGCACAAAGCCUGUGGUUGGGAACUCAUGCAAAACUUCCACAUUCCCAUUGCGCACCUGGGCGCCUGGUACGCCGCACAGACGGGCGACGGCUCGCUGUGCACCCGCCAGCCCGACGGCUCGCUCUAUUGCACCUGCAUCUACGAGUGUGGCAAUGGCAUCUGGAGCUAUGGAUGCAACAAGUACUGUCAUGCUGCUAUUUGUGAUGGCCAGGAUCCACGCAAUACCCUGUUUCUCGGGGAAUCAUCAUCAUCAUCAUCAUCUUCAUGA